GCAGAGCGGGCGACCCGGGCGCGGAUCCGGCGAGAGUGGAAAGGGGGAGGAGGAGGAGAGAGAGAGAGAAACUUCAAUGUGAGAGAGACACAUCGACUGCAUCGACGGCAGACUCCCGACCCAGCAUGAGUGACCCCCCGCCCAGCGUGCCCGAGCCCAGCCCAGCAGAAGGGGCUGGAGGCCGAGCUGGAAAGGCUGCGGCGGGUGCCAGGGAGAAGGGCCCUCGGCUGGGCCCGCGGCUGCCCUCUAUCGUGGUGGAGCCCACCGAGGUGGGUGCUGUGGAGAGUGGGGAGCUGCGGUGGCCCCCGGAGGGCGUGCAGAGGGGUUCCCCGCAGAGCCAGGCUGCUGCUGCCCCCUCGCCGAGCCUGCCGGGAGCACCCGGGGACGCGCCAGGCCACCCCGGCAGUCAGCGUGCCAGCUCCGAGGCCCAGGCCCCACAGCCCAGGGACAGGACAAGGCCAGGGCCAGACUCUGCUGUCCCUGCCAACGCCGCCACUGCUCCCUGACCGCUGGGAGGACCUCGCCCCGGGAAUAACGGGAAUAACGCGGGGCCACGCCUCGCUCCGCCUCCACUCACCUCCUCUGGCCUCCCCCCUCUGGCCAGGCCCACAGCCCCGCCCUCUCCCGCCCAGGGUCAGGGGCGGGAUCACCCCUCCACAUCCUGUGGUUUGAAGCAGAAAUAAAGGCAUUCCUAGG